GUGCUGUCUUGGUAUGGUAGUUAUGAUUAAGGAUUAGUUUGCUAACCUGAAAGGGUGGACAAAGGUAGAAAGAAUGGCUGUGGUUUUAAUCCUAUGAAUAUUCAGCUGAACGUGAUCUUUUGGAAAAUACUGGCUCUUAUUUAUUUUAUGUAUCAAAUACAAUAUUUGUAUUUACAUUCAUUUAUGUAAAAUUUACAAUCUGUAGUAGUGCUGCUGGUUGAUGAUGUGUAUCUUUUCACUUUCUUGGCAGUCACACCACCUACAUGGAAGCAAGAAACCACACAGAGGUUUUAGAAUUUAUUCUCCUUGGACUCUCAGAAGUGGAAGAAGUACAAUCCCUUCUUCUUGAACUAUUCCUGUCCAUGUACUUGGUCACAUUUAUUGGGAACCUUCUCAUCAUCUUGGCCACCGUCACUAGCUCCCAUCUCCACACUCCCAUGUACUUCUUCCUAGCCAACUUUUCCUUUGUAGAUAUAUGUUUCACCUCCACCACUAUCCCAAAGAUGCUGCUGAAUAUCCACACCCAUAACAAAACUAUCACCUAUCCAGGCUGCCUCACCCAAAUGUAUUUUUUCAUCCUUUUUGUACAGUUGGAUGGUUUUCUCCUUUCUAUAAUGGCCUAUGACCGGUUUGUGGCCAUUCUUCACCCACUGCACUACACAGCCAUCAUGAAUCCCAGGCUCUGUGUCUUGCUGCUGGUGUUGUCCUGGAUAUUGAGUGUCCUGGACUCUCUACUACGUAGCUUACUGGUGUUGAGACUGUCCUUCUGUACUAACAUGGAAAUUCCCCACUUCUUCUGUGAAAUCAAUCAGGUUAUCCAACUUGCCUGUUCUGACACCCUCCUCAAUAUCAUAGAGAUGUAUUUUGCAACUGUGGUGAUAGGCAUUAUUCCCCUCACCGGUAUUGUAUUUUCUUAUUCUCGGAUUGUCUCUUCCAUACUGAGAAUUACAUCAGCAAGGGGGAAAUAUAAGGCAUUCUCCGCUUGUGGGUCUCACCUUUCAGUUGUUUCCUUGUUUUAUGGUACAGCUCUUGGAGUCUACCUGAGUUCUGCCACUACCCAAAAUUCCAGGGCCAGUGGAAUAGCUUCAGUGAUGUACACCAUAGUCAUACCCAUGCUGAAUCCCUUUAUUUACAGCCUGAGGAACAAGGACAUUAAAGGGGCAUUGAAAAGUCUUGUUGGAAUUGUCACUUUAAAUGAAUGACAAAAAUGUUUGUCUUGGGGCUGGACAAGAA